CCUUACCAGGAAGGUUUUUAGCUGAGCUGGCUGUGGAGGACUUCCUGUGAGUGGCAGUCAGUCUACCAGCAGACCUCUCCCCCUCUGCCCAGGUGGAACAACCAGGCGACUUCUACACACUUUGUCCGGCAGGCUCAACACCGACUUCUAGCUUUUUGUUCCAGUCGACGCCAUGGAUCCCGCCGGCCAAGAUAUCAACCUCAACUCUCCCAACAAGGGUCUGCCCGUGGAAAAUCCCGGUGGCCUGUCGGACGUUUCGGUAGAGGGCGCUCUGGGAAACUCGGGCAACCCCCUCCCGCCAGGCCUGACAGAGGAGGAGGCCGAGGAGCUCCGCUCUGAGCUCGGCAAGGUGGAGGAGGAGAUCAGCACGCUGCGUCAGGUUCUGUUGGCCAAAGAGAAACACGCCCUGGCGCUCAAGAGAAAACUGGGCCUCAGCCCGCUCAACGAACUCAAGCAGAAUCUCACCAAGAGCUGGCAGGACGUGCAGACCUCCAACGCAUAUCUGUCUGCCUCGGCUACUUUGGAUGACAUUUCCCACUCGGAAGCAUAUAAAAAGACUCAGGAGACCCUCUCCCAGGCGGGACAGAAGACGAGUGCCGCCAUCACCACCAUGGGCUCGGCCAUCAGCAGGAAGCUGGGCGACAUGAGAGCGCUUCCUUUCUCCAACUCUUUUAGUAGCAACUAUUCCAUUCGCCACUCCAUAAGUAUGCCAGCGAUGAGGAACUCCCCCACCUUCAAGUCGUUUGAGGACAAAGUGGGCAACCUGAAGUACAAGGUGGUGGGCCCCCGAGGAGACGGCAGCACGGCCGGCUCACCCACCGACUCCACCCCCACUCAGGAGAACCCGCCUUUCUGAACCCGCCCUCGCCGCUGGGACUCUUCUCAUCGCCUCAAGUUACAGUGACACCGCCAACCUUUUGACCCUCACGUGGUUUGAAGGCCUUUCGCCGCAACCAGAACUGUUUUAGCGACCCCGUUUUUGUUCCACUACUGCUUCCUCCCAUUGAGCGAGCGCUUUUGUUCCCCCCACCCUAUACACGUCUGUCACUGCUAGCGUCGCAGCCCCACUCCUCACAUCGGGGGCACUCGCAGUUUAGCGCUUAGCACAGGAGGCGGGUGGUGCACACUUCCCGCCACAUGCAUGUGCAUCUUGCUUCAGCCCAGCAACCCGCCCACCCCAUCCCACCCCACCCCUGAGAGAGAGGAAAAGAAACAAUUUUGUACGUUAAACAAUUUUACACCUGCUUUGCAUCAACUUUUAAAAUGUGAUUGGAGAGGCAAGCGGGCUGCCAGCAGGGGGGCGGCGUGGGCACAAACGUCACAAGUCUUUCUAACACAAGUUGAAAGCGUUUGCUUUUGCCGAGCCUCAUGCUCAAUGUCAACGCUUCUCUCUGGGCCUUAACUCCUCCUGCAAACUUAAAAAAUAGGUUUUUCUUAGUGUUAACUUGCUCCGCCAUGUUUGACAGAAGCACCGGCAGGAGUUAGCUGCUAGCCAUUUUGUCACGCCAAAUAAAUGAAACGCUCCACGCUGUAAUGGCCAACCGCACGUGAUUGGACGUUAGACGCACCUCAUUCUAAUCUUGUUCAUAUUUAAACGUCAUCCAGCCUUUGCAUUCAUUUGCUUGCAGCUGUUUAAAGUAUCACAGAUUUGUGUAUGUUUGCCAUUCUCUUCCUCAGUGUUUUGUGUUACUUUACUUUGUGUGUCUUUACUUUGUGUGUCAAAAAGCAACGUUGCCAACCUUUUAGUGUGUCUGUUACGCAUCUUGUGAGGAUGCUUUGUUUGUGUUGUCACCAACUGGAGAAGAGCUGGGUCAUUAAAGAGGUCGUGUCUGCGUGUGUAUUGGUGUGUCCUAAAAGUGGAUGACCGGUAGCUUUAUUGCGGACCUGGAUUAGAUUAUUAUUAUUAUUAUUAUUAGUGAUUACACGGGGGAAACUAUGGUUAUGACUUUUGUUCUCUUUGAUUUAUCAAUAAAGCAUUCCUUUAAAAUCCA